AGACCUGAGAUGGGCGCAGGUAUGGUCUGUGCACCGGAGCCCGGCCCCCCUUCAGGGGACCGUGCUCCCAAACUCGAUUUCCCCUAACCGGCCCGUGCCGCCUGACCGCCCGCUUGGGUUCUCUGGGACCCCUCAUGGUGAUGUUCUAUAGGACAACACAAACAACACACACUAUUAUAGCAACUCUGUAACCUGCAUAAAGUUCAGGGGUCAUGAGGUCAAUGAUGUAAGACGGUAUGGAUUUUAUGCAUUACAUGCCUGUUCUCUGCUGUUGUUAUGACUGUUCCUCAACCCCUAUGUAAAUUUCAGGUUGCACUAACCCCUCUAAUUUGGGACGAUGGACCGUUAAAACACUUUAUGCACUGUACACUAUACACUGUAUAUAUGAACUGUUACAUUCUACUGUACUGGAUGGACUAUUGGUAGGCAAACGCCUCAUGAUCAGACAGUUUGGACUGCUCUUUGUGAGAAAAUCUCCCCACAGAGUUGAACUGUGCAAUAUUUUAGGGUGGCUGAAUGCAGUCAACCCUCUGUGUUUAAAAGACUGAGUGCAAAGACUUUCUUCAAUAUGACGCUUGACAGUCUGUUCUCCCGAGGUCCGUGAACGCAGCACCUGCGCGUGCGACCGUUUACGGCCCUGAUGCCACAGCGUCCUUUAAAUUGUACACUGCGUGGACCACUGAUUGGUUACAGGCACGCGACCACCCUGAGCAUUGUGGGCAGUGUGGUCCAACCCUGUGCAGACUUUCAUGGACGCCAUUCGGACAGCACGAAAUCUGCUCCGGACACUUGGUGAAAUCGUUACUAUUGCUUUUGUCACAAGCCAGCCUGAAGAAGGUUCGGUUAGAACCGAAACGUCGCGACUUUGGCUUGUAUUAUAUGUAUAUAGUUCAUUUUUGUAUUGAUUUAUCAACUUUGAGCAACAAUAAACCGCUCAGUGAUCAAAAUCAGUAUACGAGUUAUCCGUUAGCAUAGAGCCGCCUAGCAUCACCCACACGGUCGAGUGGGACCAGUGGAGAGAGCUAAAGGUAUUAGUGGACGCAUAACCAUGCCCACAUAUGCUACGGAUGGAGAGUGGACCCUCGUUCGGCGACGCAGGGGCCGGAGAGGGGACCGCGACUGGAGAGCUGAGGAGAUCGCACGCAGACCACCUCGCCGAAGCAGCUAUCCAUCUCGAGAGGGUCGGAGGACCUACACGGCGAUCAGGAGAGAUGAUCACCGCAGCGGUGAGUCAGACUUUUUCCACGCACCACAGCGGAAUCGGGGGAGAAACCAGCCGGCAGCAGACCGCUAUGCAGCCCGCCAGGAGAGCUGGAGAGGAGAUCGCGGCUGGGGAGCUGACGAGGACGCACGCCGACCACCUCGGCGCAGCAGCCAUCCAUCUCGAGAAGGUCGGAGGACCUAUGCGGCGGUCGUGAGAGAGGAACACCGCAACGGUCAGCCAGGCUUUUUCCACGCACCACAGCGGAACCGGGGAGGGACCGUCCGGCACCGGACCGCUAUGCAGCCCGCCAGGAGAGCUGGAGAGGAGACCGCGGCUGGAGAGCUGAGGAGGACGUACGCCGACCACCUCGACGCAGCAGCUACCCAUCUCGAGAAGGUCGGAGGACCUAUGCGGCGGCCGUGGGAGAGGAUCACCGCAGCGACGAGCCGGACUUUUUCCACGCACCACAGCGGAGCCGGAGGGGAGAACAGCCGGCGACAGACCGCUAUGCAGCCCGGCAAGGAAGUCGGACCGGACGGGACCGACGAUUCGAACGGAGAACGGCUCGGGACAAUCGGACUAAAGGAUCACAUUCCAGCCCUCACCUCAGACAUUUUCACUACAGAGGAGGAUGACAUUCACUGGUCAUAUGGAACCUCAGAGGCAAUGUUACAACACUGGGAGAUGAACCCCGAGGUCCAAAAAUUGUGUAUAUCUGAUUACAUGUAAGAGGUGUGGAAUGCAGUAUGUGGGAGAAACAGGAAACACGCUGCUGACUAGAUUCACUCAACACAGGUACAACAUUACACAGAAAAAGAACACUCACACCCACCUCGUUAGACACUUUUUAUUACAUGGAUGGGUCUCUGUAUCAGUGACGGCCAUCCAGGUUAACUCGAGAUGGACAACGCAGCAGAGGAGGAGAGCUGAGAGGAUGUGGAUGGCCAAACUGGAUACAGUUUAUCCAAAGGGCCUGAAUGAAAAGGGUUUCAGGAGAAAUUGAUCCCACGGUUUGUAUAUAGUUAAUGUUUCAUUGCUCUUAAUUGUCAUCAUUAUUAUUGUUAUUAUUGUCACUUGCACUGGGUAUCUCAGCUCCUUUCAUGACUCACUGGGGGACAUCCUGCCCCUGAAGCUGACCCUAACCCUAACCUCAGUGACCCCUGUAAUAAACUGGACUCCGGCCCUAACCUUAACCACUCUGCUUUCUGAACACAAAAUCCAA